UUAAGAGAAGAUAAUAGAACUGAGGGAAAGAUAUGGGAUCUGUUUUUGAACUACUGUGCUGAGAGGUGGAAAUGAUAUGUAUAUGAAAUUAAUCCCCCUACGCUGGAUUCCUUACUAUAUGGCUUGGAAAAGAUGGUAUGCUAAUGCAGGCCAUAGGAACCCAGACCUGGAACACAUCAUUUGUUAUUCAAAGCUUCCUUGAGGCUGGUAUUCAUAACAACCCUGACUAUGCAUCCUGCUUGAAAAAAGCCCAUACGUUUCUUAAAUGUGUCCAGAUUAUAGAUAAUCCACCCAAUUAUGAGAGAUACUAUCGCCACAUGAACAAGGGAGGAUUCUCUUCCAGUUAUCGUGAUCACAACUGGAUAUCUGGUGAUUGCACGGCUGAGGCACUAAGGACACUGAUGUUGCUGGAGGAAAAAUGUCCCUUCCUAGAAGAGCGGUUGGCACCUCAACGCCUCUUUGAUGCUGUCAAUGUGCUACUUAGCAUGAGAAAUGUUGAUGGUGGUUUUUCCUCCUUUGAAACCAUGCGUGGAAGUGCCCUUCUGGAGAUGAUGAAUCCUCUAGAGCUUUAUGCUGGCUGUUUGGUAGAUCAUACUGUUGUGGAAUGUACAUCAUCAGUAAUGAAGGGACUCAGACAUUUCCAGAAGAGAUUCCCAGAUUACCGGGCAGAUGAAAUCAGGGACACUCUUAAUAAAGGUUUGCAGUUCUGUCGCAAUACACAGAGAGCAGAUGGCUCCUGGUAUGGGGUAUGGGGCUUGUGUUUCACAUAUGCCACCUGGUUUGGGCUAGAAGCAUUUGCAUGUAUGGGAUACAUUUACCGUGAUGGGUUGGCAUGCAGGGAGGUGAUGAAAGCUUGUGAGUUCUUGGUUUCCAAGCAAAUGGCAGAUGGUGGUUGGGGAGAGGAAAUAGAAUCCUUCAGCCUUCACAAAUACAUUCAGCACAGUGAAUCUCAGAUCCACCAUACUGCUUGGGCUCUGUUAGGGCUGAUGGCUGUCAGAUUUCCUGAUGUUCGAGUUCUAGAAAAUGGGAUAAGAGUUGUGAUUGACAAGCAGACUUCCAUAGGGGACUGGCCUCAGCAAGAUAUUGCCGCAGGAUUGUUCGAGGCAGGCACAAUCCAUUUUGAUAUAUACCGGAACGUCUUCCCUACUUUUGCACUUGCUCGCUUUACUCGUCUUUAUCCAAGUAGUCCUGUUGCUAAACAGCUUCUGAGCAUCGUAUCAGGACAUUUAGAAUAAGAUGAAACUGCAAGAUGUUGAGAAGACAUACAAUGUCAUUUGUGGGAGCCUUAUUUUCUCCAUAUAAUAUAGUGGAACUUUUCUUUCAUUUAAUGCCCCCUCUGAAGUACAGUACGUGCUAGAAGUUUUGUUGUUGUUGUUAUUAUUGUUGUUUUCAUCACCGCCUGAGUGUCUUCCAAAUGUGCCGAAACAGCAUAUAGUACAAUAAAAUAUAUAUGGUU